UUUAAACUCGUUGGCUUGGCUCCUCUACGAGCCUCUUUUAAGGCUCUCAUCGGCUCCAGCUCGUCUACUUUCAGUCAACCAGCAAGCCUGAUUCCUGAGUCUGUAUCAUCCGUCGGACAGACCACUCUGCAUCGUCCGCCUCCAACGGCCACUGGUUUCCAGCCUCUGGGUCACGAGCAGGCCUCCGGUCAUAUCGCAUGUACCAACCAUCACUGCCUCAUUCCUCCGCCUCCUCCUGAAGGCACCGGCACCGACACCGCCAAUGCCAAUGAGUAUUGUCUAGGCCUCGUGGAGUCUGAAGGGGAUCUAUCGGAAGCGCCUCCGUCCCCACCGCAACAAGUGUCUCCGUGCUCCGUGGAGAUGCCGUGCCCACCUCCAAUAGUGCCCCCAUCAAUGCAUAAUGGCCAGUUGACGUUUAGGCCUGAUGCGAGCCCAUCACUUGGUUGCAGGUCGGUUGCUGAGGCGCUGUCGUUGGUGGCACGCAAUGCGAUUCCCGGCAGUCCUGUACUGGGCGCAGCCAGGAUGCUGGUUGAGAUGCAGGAGUUUCGACACAUGGACAGUGAAUGUAGGUUCCAUUUGUGGCAGUUGGCCUGA